ACACACCUGACGGUAAUUUGUCAUCAGCUCUGCUGCUUUAACAAGAAGCUCCUCAGGGUGGAGAUUCUCUUCAAGCGUUUGGUGCCUAUGUGCAGGAUGAUGGGGAUACAGAAGAAUCAAAGUGUGAGUCUCCAUCUGUUGGGUUGGUUCCUGAUCUCCAUCCUGCUUACUGUGGCUCUGGUCCUCCCGGUUCUGACCCAAGCUGUCCUAGUGUGUAACUUCUGUCCACUUGAUUACAUUGGCAAGCCAUGCGUCAAUAUGACCACAGAGUGUGCGCCCGGCUGGCGCUGUUUCAGCGCCAAAGCCUACUAUGGCACCAUCCACCUUCUUUCCAGGCAGGGCUGCAUGGCCCCUCGACUAUGUGGGUCACAUGAGAUGGUGUCUCACCUGGGAGUCCCCUACAACAUCAGCUAUACCUGCUGCUGCAAGGACAAAUGCAACAAGCGUCCUAAAGCCAACAAGAGGCUGAUUAAGCUGCUGGGAUUUGGAACGAGCGACUCCGACAGUGACUCUGGAAAUCAAACGGACACAAGUAAGGAUCUGUGGGAUUCCUGCACCAACUUCACAACAUCACUGCACCUGUUAAUGCAUCAUUAUAAGACUAACAGGUGAAACUGGGUGAGGCCUGUUAACCAGUCUUGUGUUAAAGCAUUUAGUCACAUGUUUUGAGACCCUUUCCAGAGAGAACCUGGUGUACUUGGCAGUCACCCUCCUGGUAUUAAAAUGAGUAAAAGCACAUCGG